AAUAUUUGGCCGAUUGCGGAACUUCUGCAAAACAAGCUUCAACCCACUCAACAAAAAAUUACAAAAUUAAAACAUGUUAGCAGACAUUUAACAUUUGACGCAUCUUGCAACGGGUGAGCUGUCAAGUCUUCCCCGCAAUUUAUUAUUUCCCGUCUGCACGUGCUACUUUUUCCUCCUCGUCUUUCUUUCGAAGUGUUUCGAAGCAACUCCGUUUUUGUCCUUCUGACCCAGUUGUCGUGACGAUGAACCUUUUUUGCUGCUGACAUGACCGCAAAUUCCGCCCUGAUGGAGCUCUCGCACAGUUUGAUUCUCAACGAAGCGGCCCUCGCUCCGAUUCCCGACGACAAGAAGCCAAUUUUCAUCCUAGAAUGGCUGCGUUUCGUGGACAAAGUUCUCUCCGCCGCGCACAAGGCGGAUAUCAAAGAGUGCCAGGUCCAACUGCUGGAGCAGUUGAUGAGCUGCAUGCAGAACUCGCCAGGUCCUCCGAUCAGAAGACUCAUUGGAAGGUGUCUGGCCACUUUGUUCAGUGUCGGCGACACUUUCAUGCUGUUUGAGACGGUCAACAAGUGCAAUGACAUCUUGAAAGUCAGAGACGACUCACCCAGUUUUCUUCCAACUCGAUUGGCUGUCAUUUGCUGUUUGGGAUGCAUGUAUGAGAAGCUGGGACGAAUGAUGGGACGUUCGUACGAAGAAACUCUGCAGAUUUUGGUCAAAACCAUCAAGAAUGCCGAGUCUCAAACUAGGAUUGAAAUAAUUUGUACAUUCGAAAAGAUUUGCUCUGGGAUGGGAAAUGCAAUAACCAACGUCCACAAGGAGAUCUACAAGUGUGUCAAGCAUUACAUGACUGACCGUGUUAUGGCUGUGCGAUGCGCUGCUGCCAAGUGCUUACUAGGGAUGCUUCAGCACGCCUCUUUCCUUUACACCGUGGAGCUGGAAAAUGUGGCCAUGCUUUGCAUUCGCUCAUUCGAUGGCUCAAAUUACGAAGUGCGAUGCUGUGUGGCAAAACUUCUCGGAACCUUGAUAGCCAAAACGCAGAUCACUGAUGGCAAGGAAUCGGCUCCCAAAUCUGGUGGGGCGCAGAAUGGAAAGAACGUGAAGACUGUUUCGCUGGAAGAAGCUUUGGGCAUUUUGCAAUCGGGAUUUAUCAAGGGCAGCGGGGCCGGAUUUUUGAAAGGAACUGGAGAAAUAAUAAAAGGAACGUCCAAUGUGUGCAGGGAAAUUAGAGUUGGAAUUGCACAUUCGUACGUGAUGUUCGUCCGAGCUGUUGGGCCCGAGUGGCUGGAAAGAAACAUGCAGCCGUUUUUGUCCCACCUUUUGGAUCUGGUGGCCAAUCCUAAGGUGUCGGCAAGUCACAUGGACGCGGUUUAUUCGAGGAAAUGCAUCAGUCACGUCAUGCGCUCCACUUUGGGCAGAAUGCUCGGCGAAAGAGCCCAACUCGCAGCUUGCAAGGAACUUGCGAUUCUCAUUGCAAAACACCUUUCCGCAAAUGAAGCUCUGGCUGAGAAUGCCAAGGAAAGCUCUCAAGACUCAAUGUACAAUCAGCACAUGCUGGUCUGUGCCCUGCAGGAAAUAGGCUGCCUCCUCUUGAGCCUCGGAACCACAGCUUCCAGCAUCCUAAUUGACGCUUCUUCAGGUUUGAUAAACACAACUUUUGCUCUUCUCGUCCACCCGUGUCAAGCGGCUCGACUUUCGGCUGCUUGGUGUUUGCGAUGCAUUUGUGUGGCUGUUCCCUGUCACACCACCCCUCUGAUUGAUAGGUGUUUGGAGAGAGUCGAAAGCAUGAGAAGUUCCCCUGAAGCCAUUGCUGGGUACAGCUGUGCCCUGGCUGCAGUUUUGGGAGGAGUAAGAUUGUCUCCUCUUGGUGUUCCCCACACAAAGGGAAAAAUAAUUUUCAACACUGCUGAAGAACUUCUGCGAAGUGCGAGUCAGAACAGCCGUCUGUCUAUGAACCGAACUCAGGCAGGAUGGCUUCUUAUUGGUGCAAUAAUGACUCUUGGCGUUCCUGUUGUGAAGGGUUUGUUGCCGAGAAUGCUGCUCUUGUGGCGCAAUUCGUUCCCAAGGUCGAACAGAGAGCUUGAGUCGGAAAAGGCCAGAGGUGAUGCCUUCACCUGGCAAAUCACUUUGGAAGGGCGGUCAGGCGCCCUCUCUGCAAUUCACAGUCUUCUCUAUCACUGCCCUGAAUUAAUUACCGACGACAUCAUUCGGAGGCUGUUGACUCCUAUUGAGUCGGCUCUUGCAAUGCUCACCAACAUCUCUUCCGUUUUGAAAUCCUACGGUCAACAAUUGAAAGCUCCUGCCUCCAUGGUUCGUCUUCGGCUUUAUGAAACGCUUUCUCUCUUCCCUUCGCACAGCAUUGAGAAUUCAUACACUCAUUUACUGAGACUUCUGGUGUCGGAAUUCACCUUGGCUGAAAACCCAGCAAACACUGCUACUUCGCUUUUACGGAGCGUGUACCAUUCUGAUGACAACAUGUUGCUUGGCUCCUGCCUGCAAGAGAACAAUCACAAACAGAUUGAAGAUCAGAUUGAGCACUCAAGACGCGUUGAGUCGGAAUCUUUGCAAGGCAUCAGUUCUGCUGGGUCGGGUGCUCUAGAACAUGAUGUUUGCCAUCUUUACAGACCUGCUCUUUCGGAGGAAAAUUAUGUUCCAAGUCCAAUUCCGCUUGGCGUUGCUGUCAUCGACCAAUCACUCAUUUUGUUUGGUCAAAUAUUCCUGAGGGUUGCUCCGAAGCAUAAGCUUCAAAUGCUCACCCACUUUGCAGAGUGCAUCAAGCAAGCCAGAUCAACAAGACAGGAAGUCGUUCAGCUGAAUGUCUUUACUGCUCUCUUGGGAGGUUUGAAAGGCAUGGCCGAGUCUAAGACCAACAGCGGUUUGGGCACUGAGGAAGUAAAAAAGGCAAUGGUCGCGCUCAUUCAAAGUGGCCUCACAAGCCAGAACCCUGUUCUGCGAUACACAAGCGGCGAGGCCAUCGGUCGAUUGGCUCAAGCAGUGGCCGAGCCGAGAUUCACUGCUGAUUUGGCCCAGUACAGUUUCGACCGACUGACCACAGCCCGCGAUGCUACCUCUAGAACUGGCCAUUCUUUGGCCCUUGGAUGCCUUCACAAGUACGUUGGCGGUCUCGGAUCGAGUCAGCACUUGAACACUAGCAUCAGCAUCCUGCUGGCCCUGGCCCAAGAUUUGGCCUCUCCUGUGGUUCAGCUUUGGUCCCUACAUGCGCUGGCGCUGAUUGCAGACUCGGGCGGUCCAAUGUUCCGAGGAUAUGUUGAGCCAACUUUGUCCUUGGCAGUCAAGUUGUUGCUCACAGUUCCACUGUCACACUCCGACGUCCACCAAUGUAUUGCAAAGGUGCUGGCUGCACUGAUUACCACCAUUGGCCCAGAACUACAAGGGGGAAGCAACACUGUUUGUGCAGCCAGAUCACUUUUCCUAUCAUCGUGCGCUGUUUUGCAAGACCACGAAAAUCCGGCAGUGCAAGCAGAGGCAACAGCAUGUCUGCAGCAACUCCACCUUUUUGCUCCGAGACAUGUCAAUCUUUCGACUCUUGUCCCGACUCUUUGCAAUAUGCUUUCAAGCAGUCACUUGCUGCUGAGAAAAGCUGCCGUUUCUUGUCUUCGGCAGUUGACACAACGAGAAGCUAAGGAAGUGUGUGAAUACGCUUUGACGUUGGCCUCCGAGAAUGGCAAGGAAAACACAGAAGGCCUGCAUAUUAAUGAACUGGGACUGCCUGGAGUUUUGUUCAGCAUGCUUGACACUGAGAGCGACCACACGCUGGUAUCUCACAUUCAUGACACUCUUACCAGCAUGCUUCACAUUUUGGCAGCGGAGUCGUUAACCCAGUGGCUGGUGCUUUGCAAGGACGUGCUUACAGUUUCCUAUGAAUCGAGCAUGAAAGAAGAGACAAAAGUACUGGAAUUGAGUCCUGAUGAUUUCCAACUGGACGCUGAUGAGGACGAAGACGACAAUGAUGCUGCCGAAUUCAAGGCGUCAGACUCUAAAGGGUCGAGGACUCAAAUCGCGCCUCGCUGGCCAACAAGGGUCUUUGCAGCCCAAUGCGUUAGGAGGAUAAUUGCUUCCUGUCAUUCCUCACCGCAAGCAGACAAGCAUUUUGACCUGGCCAAAGCUAAAGAAUGUCAUCUGAGCAAAAGCCGAGGAGGAGACUUCCUUGUCCUGCACUUGGCAGAAUUGGUCCGAAUGGCCUUCAUGGCGGCCACGAGUGACUCGGACCCUCUUCGACUGGAGGGCCUGACCACCUUGCAAGACGUGAUUGAGAAAUUUGCUCACGUCAUCGAACCAGAAUUCCCUGGGCACCUCCUUCUGGAGCAGUACCAAGCUCAGGUUGGAGCAGCUCUGCGUCCAGCCUUCACAGCUGACACUCCUCCAACUGUGACGGCCGCCGCCUGCGAGGUUUGCUCUACCUGGAUUGGAUCGGGGGUGGCCAGAGACUUGAAUGACCUGCGACGGGUUCACCAAUUGCUUGUGUCCUCUCUAGAAAAAUUGCGAACUGGUCCGGCAAACAGCAAAACAUCUGCUCCAAGGCUGUACAAUGAAAGUUUGUCCACCUUGGAGUGUCUAGCCAUUCUUCGAGCUUGGGCCGAGAUAUACAUAGUGGCCAUUGGAAGUUCAGAAUCAGGUGAUCGACCUGAAGACGACGUUCAGAGUGAAGGUUUGCUCGUUCUGGUGCAGCCUGAGCUGCCUAAUUUAUCCCAACUCUGGCUCUCUGCCCUGCGAGAUCAUGCUUUACUUCUCCUACCUUCAAAUUAUUCAAGUCAGCUGCCACACGACGGUGGCGCUUUUUACACGUGUGAUACAAUUGAGGCAUCGAGGCCCCACUUCGUCUCCGCCUGGCCCCCUCUUUUGCACGCCGUCACUCUUUGGUUGACCAAAGGUGGUGGGUAUCAGCAACUAGAGGAGAAUGGAUCGAGCUGGAAUGUUAAAAACGCCAACAAGCAGAGCGGAGACAUUUGCAAGGACAGUUUCCACUUACUUUUUGGAAUUUGUUUGGAGGCUUUGUGCUGUCCUCGUUCGUCGCAACCCAUGAGCAACAUCACAAGCUGUCUCAAGGCCUUGAUCACUUUGCUGCAGUCUCAGCAGUCCCGCUUGUAUCUCAUCUCGGAAGACUCAAACUCCCUGGCCGUGGAGCUCUGCAAUGUCCUUCACAGGCUCAUGUUGACCAGGGACAGUGCAUCCGUCCAGCUUCUCGUGAUGGACGCUCUGACGCUCGUGCUCGAGGCGGGCAAGAUGAGUUUAGAAAAAAGUCAAGCGCGGAAAAUAAAAGAAUUGGUUCCUGCUAAUCAAGAGUGUGAUGCCCAAAGUCUGCCCGAGGUGUUGAACCUCGGAGAAGGAGGGGCCACUGGCCAACUCAAGGCUAAUCAGUCAGUGGUGUUUGCUGCGUUGGAAGUGUGUCUGUGUUUGUUGACACGGCAGCUACCAAAUCUGAAUCCGGUGGGUGGAAAAAAUCCGACAAGUCUGCUGCAUUUGCCAUCACAAGGCCCUCAGUCGAAACUUCUGAUCGCCUCCGCUCUGCAAGCGUUGAGCAUUUUGCCUAAUUUGUGCUCGCCUCAAGGAACCCUCACAGUGGCACCUACCCUCUUGUAUUUGGCCACCGGAGUGAUCGAAGAGUGCGCGCUCGAAGGAAACUGCGAGGUGACCACCGACCCCGUCGUGUCCACACUGCACUGCCUGCGUUCCUUGGCGUCUCUGAAAUUGGCCAAGCAGGAUUCCACGGAGGGAAUUCAGAUGAGAAAACUGUUGCAGUCUGCACUGGGGAAGCUGCUGGACUUGGCGAAAACGGCUGGAAGUGAUCAGAACCGCCUGGAUGCGACGACCGUCCUCUUGGCCAUAGCCGUAUUUAUUCUGCACUGCUCUCCAGAUGUCAUUUGCACACCAACGCUGCUCUAUCCGUGCGUCAACCAUUUCAAAUUGUGCUUGGAAAGCAACAAUGUUAUGGUUCGAUUGCAAUGCAUUCAGACGCUCCGAGCAGUUUUCCAAGUGCCCGAACAACGAGUUGCUGUUUCAUUCAUUCACAAUCUGGCGCCUCGGCUUAUUGAAAUUUUGCACCUCUUGACGAGCAACAAGAGCCAACUGAUGAAUGAGAACCAGAUUGCUGUGGCUGUCGAAGGACUGAAAACUCUGGAGAGUUUAGUCAUGCUCGCCAAACCUCAAAACCGAAUGCAACUUUUGUCUCUGCUGCUGCCAAUUUUGGUCAAUUGUCUGAAGGAAGAGCAGCCGAGCAGGGGCGGCGUUUCGAAGCAGUCGCAAGUGCUGCAUGAGCAGAGCCUAGGGUGGUUGAUGCGGAUCGCGCCUCAGUACCCGCAGGACUUCAAGCUGCUCAUGAACCAGCUACCGCAAUUCCGAACCAGAAUCCAGAACGCAAUCAAGAGUAGCCACACGGUGAGCUCAAAUGCCACGUCGACCGCCAACAACAAGGUCCUCUCGCAGCAACACCAGCAGCAGCCCAGCAUCAAGCUCAAGACCGACUUCAGCAAUUUCGCAUCUCACUAAUUUUUUUUAUGCCCGUAAAUUAUACAUAUAAGAUUAGCUGUGUUUGAAUUUUAGACAUUUUAUCACGCUUUUGUUAAGGAGCAUUUAUAAAACUUGGGUUCUUUUCGAAAGAUCCUUUGAAACGCCUGUUCGUUUGCCGUGUCUGAUUUUAUUCUUAAUGUUGCAGUAAUGGAGAUUUAUAAAUUAUUAUAUAUUCCGUAUUAAAUUUUACAAUUCUAUCUCAACUAAUAGAAAUAAUAUGUAUUUUAUCAUGCUGGCGAAGGUGAUGCAAAGCAAUAUUUUUAUUUUGUACGUCCUAUUGAAACUUUGUGGAAUAUUAUUAUUUGUAAUAUUUAGUGAGGUCUGGAAAUUAGCUGAACUGCGUAAAAACUUCCUAGGUGCAAUAAAGACAGAAUGUAGAAUGUUGGAACCACAUUGAUGGUGAAAAAAAUGAUCAGAGAGUUUGAACUAGAUAAAAUUCAAUAAAAAAAGAGUGAUUAAUUUGAAAUAAUUGUGA